CAGGCGGGCUGCGCUGCAACUCACCGCUAUCGAUAGGGCCGUCAGAAAAAAGUUCGCGGAGGUUCGCAAGCUCCGAAGAAAAAAAAGUCAACAUCAACCCCGGGUGACUUUCUGAUCACCCAACCUCCAUCAUUCUUUAAUACCUUUCUUUCUUUCUUUUUCACUAAUUCCGUCAAGAUGGUGAAAAGAAAGCUUGGCGCCUUGGAAAAGGUGGAAGCAGAUCUUCCGAACCUGCAACAUAAGAUCAGGAGAGAUCCAAAAUCCUACGUUGAAGAUUUCCGCGCCCAGCAUUACCAAUAUGAGAGUCACCGCGAAAUCUACAUGGCUGCGCCAUCAUCGGCCACCGACACGGGUAUCAUAUCGCUCCGCGAUCUGAUCGAUUUUAUUUCUCACGUGGCGGAUUGCUAUCCGGAGAUCACGAAGGAUUUCCCGCAACAAUUGAUGGAUAUGUUGAUGCAGCAUCAUCUGGUUCUGGAGCAGGAGCUGAGAGAGAAGAUCGUCACGAGUCUGGUUCUGUUAAGGAAAAAGGAGAUUUUGGAUUCGGCUACACUUUUACAGACAUUGUUUCCUAUUCUCGUCUCUACGUCUAGCAAGACGCUCCGCGCGCUGCUUUUCCAGAAGAUCGUGUCGGAUCUGCGCUCUUCUAAUUCGAAGACGGUGAACCACAAGUUGAAUCGGACUAUGCAGACUGUUCUUUUCAACCUGGUUACUUCGGAUCGCACCAGUUCAAAGGCUCUGUGGGCUAUCAAGAUUACGAGGGAGUUGUGGAAGAGACAGAUCUGGACUGAUGCCAAGACUGUUGAGAUUAUGAAGGAGGCGAGUUUAUCUGAUAACGAGAAGGUUAUCGUUGGUGGCGUACGAUUCUUCCUUGGUGGAGAUAAAGAGAGAGAGGAGAUGGAAGAUGAGAGCAGUGACGAGGAGACUAUCGACGUCGCUCGGAUACGACACCAAGUGGGUAUCAACAAGAAGACCAAGAAGAAGUCUCGUCAGGUGGAAAAGGCGCUUCAGACGGUGAAGAAGAAGGAACGCAAGAAGAAUCAGCCGCAUCCCCUGAACUUCUCCGCGCUGCAUCUCCUGCACGAUCCGCAAGGAUUUGCCGAGACCCUGUUCCAGAAGCACUUGCAGAAUUCCAAGUCGAAGUUGAAUCUGGAGCAGAAGCUGUUUGUGCUGAAUCUUGUGUCGCGUCUCGUCGGCCUUCACAAGUUGCACGUCAUCCAACUCUACUCCUAUUUCCAGAAAUAUCUCACUCCGCGACAACCGUCCGUCACGUCAUUCCUAGCAUCUCUGGCCCAGGCUACGCAUAACCUUGUGCCUCCGGAUGUUCUUGAGCCCCUUAUCCAGAAAAUUGCGAACGAGUUCGUGUCUGAGGCGUCGGCCGCCGAAGUUGCCUCCGCUGGUCUAAAUGCUAUCCGCGAGGUCUGUGUUCGACAGCCGCUUGCUAUGAAUGAGACGCUCCUACAGGAUCUUGUCAUGUACAAGAAGAGUAAGGAUAAGGGCGUGAUGAUGGCCGCCAAGGGUCUGCUGUCACUAUACAGAGAGGUGGGCGCUGAGAUGCUGAAAAAGCGUGACCGGGGUAAGGACGCUUCCAUCGGUCUGCGGUCUGGUCAACUCAAAGAGAAGCGAUUUGGUGAAGAGGCUGUCGGUGACAUCGAGGGCAUCGAACUACUGGAACAGUGGAAGGAGGAAGAACGAAGAAAGAAGAGACGGGAGAAAGGUCUUCCGUCGGACGGUGAAGACGAUGAUGAAGAGGAGGACGAGGCCGAAGAUUGGUCCAAGUGGGAAGUGGAAGAAGAUGACAGUGAUGAUUCCGGCGGCUGGAUCAACGUGGAGAGCGACGCUGAGAUUGAACUCAGCGACUCGGAUGACGAUGAUGACAAACCACCCACAAAGAAAGCGAAGCAGGAGGGCGAGGAAGAUGCCGACGAGAAGGAGAAGGAACAGAAAAUCUCCAAGCUGGCGACCACCCGCAUCCUUACUCCCGCUGAUCUGGCCAAGCUGGCAGAGCUUCGCGCUCAAGCCUCUGUCAAUGCUCUCCUGCCGGGCGCGAAAUCCAAACGUGCUCAAGCAGCUGCCUCUGGUCGACAUGUCGACGAUGCCGUCACUGCGGAGGACAUCGAGGGCCUGGCCGCUCUCUCACACAAGGCUACUCGAGAAGAGAAGCUCGCUCGCGUGAAGGAAUCCAAGACAGAUCGCGACGAUCACAAGAGUACCACUGCCCGACGCAAGGACAAGAAGGUUGCCGAGGGCAAGAGUACGACGAACAAGGAGAAGGCGCGGAAGAAGAACUUCCUCAUGACGCUGGGCAAGGCCAAGAGCAAGGGGAAGAGGAGUCUGGUCGAGACGAGAGCUGCUCUGCGGGCUCACCAGGAGAGACAGAAGAGAGGUGGAAAGAGAGGAAACUUCGGUUAAGCCUUGAUUGUAUGGAAACCAAGGUGUCUACCCUGUGUUCUGGAGUUUCUGGUGUUAUGGUUUACCAUAGUUAUCAUAUACUGCUGGAUCUAGUUAGAUGUAGAUAGAAGCAAUGUGUCCUGGGGCACAUGUUCGUGCCAGGUCGGGGCUAUUUGAUUCCCCAGAUAAAAA